CCUUCUGGCAGUGGCCGAGAGCAGAGCACUCUAGGUCCAUCUUGCGUGCUCGCAUCGCCCGUCGUCGGCAGACACCGCGCUCUUCUUCUCGCUGACGUCGUGCUAAAAAAUGGCGGCUUCGGGUGGCGGAUUGUCGUCGUCCGCGGUGGCUUUGAGCGGCCAGACGGUCGCCCGAGCUCGUUUCCCGGGCCGCCCGUGCGCGAGUCGUGUCGGCCGACUCCGGCUGGGCAAGCGAAGCAAACGCGGAAGGCUGAGCUUGGACGACGACGAAUCGACGGAUGGAAGGCCGAGGCCCGUAAACAUCGGCCUAGCGUUGAGCGACGACCCGGCCUUGCUGCGCCUACUCGGCGUGGCCGAGAAGCAUGGACGGCUGGGGGAAACGGGCUUCGAGUCGAGCGAUGAGGAGGAAAGCUUUGAUGGGUUUGGCGCAAGCACGGCUCAUUCAUCCAGGAGAGUGACACCUCCCAAAGCUGUUCAACCUCCCAAAAUUGUGAAAUCACCUCCUGCAACCAAAUCUGGGAAGAUUGUAUCGCAAGACGCCAAAGAAGAAACGGAAGAAGAAGAAGACGACGGGCUGAUCGGCACGAUUGUGCCACAAAACUCCAAAGAAAACGAAGGUUUGAUUGGGACGAUCGUACCGUGGUGCUCGAAGAAAGAAUGGGUGGACGUUAAAGGUAGAGACAAAGAGGCUCCGAUGGAGAUGUUGCAAGAAGCAAAUGACAUUAAGAUUGGUCUCGGUGAAGCGGGACAAACCGAGGAAGCGGGAAAAGACGAGAAUGCGGGGCAGGAGGAUAAAGUCAAGGUCACAAUGCCAGACGCCGCCUCAUCACCGCGGCCCGCCAAGCGCGCCAGGCUGUCGGCGGCGACCCUGCAGCGCGGCCUGAAGAAAAAGUUAACAAAGGAAGUGGCCGCGUCCCCGGAGAUCGGUGCGGAGGCGGGCACCCAGAGCGGUCCGGAGGCGGCCAUGCCUCUGGAAGGGAGGUCGUCUCCGUCUCCUCCGCCGCAUGUGCUGCCCGAGCAUCGCAGCAUCAAGCGAUACCAUCGCAAGUGCGUAUUUGGCAAGCGGAGGAAGGUUAAACCCGCCUUGCCCGCUACCACCGCCAGCCCCAAAAAGAAGCGCAUCAAACACGUGUUCUACGCGUACGUCCCCGAGCAGCAUGCUGCCGUUCCGCCUGAACCCGAACCCGCUUCCACGGUGGAGCAGCGCGACUCCUCAGCCGUGACCACCGCACGCUCGGCCCGCGUCAUCAAGACGCCCAAGAGGUUCUUGGAUGAGGCCGUGGUGCCCUUCCCGAAAGGCCACUUGUCUUCCUGGCUCAAGAACACACCCAAAGAAGACGAGAAGACCAGCACAUCCUCUCAAGACUCUUUUUACGAUGUGGACGGGGAGGCCGCCGCGCCCGUGGCUGACAGGUCACGUCCAUCGGCGAAGCUCACCGCACGACCGAUUCUUGCCACCAGUCACCUGGACUUCUACAAGAAACUCAAGCGGCUCACCUUGAAGCUGGCAGAAAAGAGAGGCCAGUCCUCCGCACGGGUUGAAAACGCCGCCACUCGUCGGGACGAUUUGAACGUGCACGUCAAGAAGAGGCGACGCAAGUCCAAACUCACCAUGGAGGAAACGAACUCUCCUGGCGUGGUGAGAAAGCUCUCCGUAGUUGUCCGCAGCGACCCCAAGACGUCUUCGCAAACAUCCCCGCAAGACGCCGACGAGAAUGAUGCGGCGGGCGGCGGUGAGGUUGGCGCUGCGGCGGCGGCCCCCGAGGUGGGCGUGUCCGGGCACCGUGCUGUGGGGCUGAGCGGAGCCAACAGGAGGAUGCUGCACCUGCUGAAGAAAGCCAAAGUGCAGCUCAUCAAGAUCGACCAGCAGAAGCAGUUCAAGUUGUCGCAGUCGAGCUCCAGCGACACUCAGGUGGCGGUGAGGGGACGGAGGAAAAGGAGAGCCAACCGCGCGCCGAAACUGUGUCCUCAGCAGGAGCAACCUCUGGCCGGUCCUAGGAUCAAGCACGUUUGCCGGGCGGCGGCGGUUGCCCUGGGCCAGCCGCGGGCGAUGGUGCCCGACGACAUCCCCCGACUCAGUGCCCUACCACUGCACGAGAGGGAGGGGAUCACCUUCUCCCCCGCAAUUGAAGAUGUCGCAGACGAGGACGAGGACAUCUCGGCGGAGAGCGGGGCUCAGUGGCUUGUCUCCCAGGAACCCCUCGAGGAUCAGCAGAAGCAUUGGCGGCGGCGCGGGCGGCGGCGAGGCCGCAAUUACAGAAAGCGCAAAAUCUUGAGCCGCUACAAGCCCGGCGGCGUGCGUUCGCGGCGCUGCGGCACGUGCCGAGGCUGCCUGGUAGACACGGAUUGCGCCAAGUGUACCAACUGUCGCGACAAGCCCAAGUUUGGCGGGCCCAACAAGAGGCGGCAAUGUUGCAUAUACAGGAGGUGCGAUAGAAUUGAAGCAACUAAGACGGAGCGCAUUGUCAAACAAUUUACAGUCCGGGCCCGGCAGAUUUCAGCACCGUUGUCAAGCAGCGACGACGGCAACUGGUGCGCCGCCGGGGAGUCGCCCAAGUCGCUGUCCUUAGUGCCGACCAAAAUUCGAAAGCAUUCCUUGCGUGACAUCACGCCACGCUCCUUCAGCAGCCUACUCAAAUCCGAGUCGGAAGAAGAGGCAGAGGACGAGGAACGAGCGUUCAAAAAGGAGAAAAUGGUCUCUAGGCAAGAUCUCGGACAUGGACUGUCGACACGUCAUGAUCCUGCUCAUGAGGUGGUGAAGCAACGGCGGCCAUUUUCCAAAGGAGGCAGACCAAGAGCCUACAAGAAUGCCGCAGAGGGUUCGUCGCACAGCGCCCCUGUGGGGUUUCCUAGCGGAUUUCCCCAGAAGGGCCCGCUGCUUGACAAGACGAGGAUCCGUGUGGAUUUUAAGGAGGAUUGCGCAAUUCAAAAUGUGUGGUUAAUGGGUGGCCUCAGCGUCCUCACGUCUGUCCCCAGCACACCUCAGCCCGUCUGUCUGCUGUGUGCCAGCAAAGGUCGUCAUGAGAUGAUCUUCUGCCAGAUAUGCUGCGAGCCCUUCCACAACUUCUGCCUCUCGGCCGAGGAGCGGCCCCUGGCCGGGAACAAGGAGAACUGGUGCUGCCGACGCUGCAAGUUCUGCCAUGUGUGUGGGCGCAGAAGCAAGCUGUCCAAGCCUGUGUUGCAAUGCAAGAGAUGCCAAACCUCCUACCAUCCUUCCUGCUUGGGACCAACCUACCCCAAACCAAUGAACUGCAGUCUACCCUGGCUCUGCAUGACUUGCAUCCGCUGCAAAAGCUGCGGAGUGACGCCUGGAAAAUCCUGGGACGUGGCCUGGAACCACGCCGAGAACUUCUGCCCCAACUGCACCGUUCUUUACGAAAAAGGCGACUUCUGCACCGUUUGCAGCAAGUGCUACGACGACGACAGCAGCCAGCGGGAGCGGAUGAUUCAGUGUUCAAGAUGCGAGCACUGGGUGCAUCACACCUGUGAGGGUCUCUCAGAGGAGCUGAAGGGGUUGCUGUCGAGCCGACCCCAAGACGCCGUCUUCACCUGCUCCCCGUGCCGUCGGCAUACCGGUGAGGACGAAAGCCUAAGGGAGCUUCUGCAAAGCCAACUGCUGCUCGGCCUGCGGGAGGUGCUGGGUGGACUCCUCGCCUCCGACGCCACUCAUCAUCUGGCGCUCUGCCAAUCGUCCGAGUUAGUCGGGGAACAGACACCAGCGUGUGAUCUCCAAGCCAUGGACGAGAAGUUGAAAGGGGGCAAUUACACAUCCAUUAAAGCAUUCCAUGCCGAUGUCGUUUCUGUGAUGAGAAAGUGGCUGAAGGAGGAAGACGAUGAAAACGCCAUUGCUCAGGCCAGGGAGCACUAUGCCAAGUUGAUGGUCCAAGUCUUCCCCUGGCUUCCUGCGCACCAUCAAAACAAGUUGAGGUCAUUCUCCGAGGACCUGCCAAGCAGCAUGCUCCCCGAAGCGGUAAUCCCGCCUUCGAGGGAGCACAGCUAUGCGCAGUGGACGCAGAGGACGUACCAGCCUCGGGAGAGCAAAGGUGGGAUGAAGGAUGUGGAAGCCGUCAAAGACUGCCGACAGUGUGUUUUGUGUCAACGCCAUGGUGACUCUGCUCCCCGAGACGAAGGACGACUGCUGUACUUAGGCCAGAACGAGUGGGCCCACAUCAACUGCUGCAUCUGGUCGGCGGAGGUUUCCGAGAACAACGGCGCCCUCCAUCAAGUACACACUGCCGUCUACAGGGGGCGCCACUUGCGCUGCGACCGCUGUGGGCUGUCGGGUGCCACGGUGGGCUGCUGCCUCUCCACCUGCCAGAGUAACUUCCACUUCAUGUGCGCGCGAGCCCACGAUUGUGUUUUCCAGCGGGACCGGAAGGUCUACUGCUACAAACACACGGAUCUCGUCAGUGCGGCGGUUGUGUCCGGGGAUGGAUUUGAAGUUUCGCGGCGCGUCUACGUCGACUUUGAAGGGAUCACGCUGAAGAGGAAGUUCCUCACAGGCCUCGAGCCUGAAUCCAUCAAUAUGACCAUUGGGUCUCUGCAAAUCCAGAAACUCGGCGUGCUGUCAGAAAUCUCAUCCAACGGGAGGAUGUUAUACCCUGUCGGAUACCAGUGCUCUCGUUUAUACUGGAGCACUGUGGACCCGCGCCGACACUGCAAGUACACCUGUAAGGUGACGGAGGUCAGCAGCCCCCUGCCCGGCGAGGAACAGGAGCUCCUCAUGAAGUAUGAUCAAGAGAAGAAUCAAACCAUCGUCCACAGUCCCAACUUGCGCAGGGAUAUGGAGACUCUGGACACUUUAAGCGCCACGUCCAGCCCACUUUCAUCUGCUACUCCAUCGCCCAACUCCAAAUUGCACAAUUCGCCGUACAAGCACCACAGCUACUCGCAGACCAGGAGGCCCGCGGGGGGGACUUCCCGACCUCUCCCGUCUCCAGGUUCGGCGGCUUCCAAAUCGCAUCAUAUUUUCACUCUGCGGGACCUGGAGAACACUCAGCGCCGCCGAAGGCUUUCAUCCAGGAGCCGCUGCAGCUCCUCCCCGACUGGCAGCCCCAUCCAGCCCUGCUGCGCUCCCCCGCCGAGGUCUUCCAACUUUUCGCCGAGCUCUCCUCCCUUAUCGCGACAGAACUCCCUCUCGCCCGGCUGGGGCUCGCCCCCUCGACCCAUGUCCGCCGGGUUUUCGCCUCGCCACGGCUCCCCCAGGGGAAGGCACGCGUUCAAGAUCACCACUCCCGUGUCUGCCGAGGUUCCCCAAGAUUUCUUGGAGUCGUCCGAGACGGAGGACGCGGCCGUGGCGACGACAAACGGCAUCUCGCUAGCCCCCGAUAACGCAGAUGGACACUUGGAGCUGCCUUACACCGUGUUUGACGCCGACACCGAGGUUGCGGUGGCCUCGGUCCUCAACGCGUUUGAGGACACCCUGCUGAGUGAUAACAUGUUGCCAGGCGGCCGGCUGGAUGCGGAAAUCCCGGAAGCAGACUCCGAAGAUGAAGACCACAGUGUUCAACUUACCCGCACCGUCGUGUGCGAGGCAGCUGGUGGCUCGCAGACAUCAGCCCUGCCUUCCACGCCCUCCAUUUCGCAGUUGGACGGCGCCGACGACGGCUCCGAGAGCGACUGCAGCGAGGAGGCCGGCGACGCGGGAAGCGGCGGCGCUCCCAUUCACACCGACGACAACUCGCCCACAAAGCAGCUGACGGUCGCUCUCAAGAGGUUGGAUUCUAGCCACGAGGUAGAACAAGGUACGAGCUUCUCCGUAGAUCAGCCAGCCCCUGUUUUCCUCGACGCUUUCGACAUGGUGCAAAGCGAGGAGGUGCUGAUGGAUGGCGGCGACACAUCUGCCAAGGCCGAUUUUCUCGAAGGUACCGCCGGGAGUUCCGAUGCCAACAACGACGUCGGUUUGAUGUCUGCGAGUAACACGCAAGCCGAUGAAAAUGACAAUGCGUCCUCCACAGACUCCACCGAAGGCUUCAAAGAUGACGCUAAUGACCCGGACUACUCUCCCGAGCCUAAAAACUUGCCCGUAAAGAGAGUCAUUGUCAAAAAAAUACGCCACACUCCCCAAAUCAAGUCCUUUUUGCCAGAGAGAGUCGUCCCUCAGCAGCAGCCGCCGAACGUCAAGGUGCUGCUGCCCCCCAGGUCAGUCCAGCUUGUGACCUCCGUCGCCCCGAACGCUGUCGCCUCGCCCAUUCUCUUCAACGGGGUGAACGCUUUAAACGUCCAACCCGCCGUCAUGCGAGGCAAAACCGUCGCCAUCCGCUUGGACAAGCCCGUUGCGUCACAGCAACCCACCCAGCUGACGAUUCCCACUUCGGCGGCAGCCGCCAGUGUCGCGCCGACCCCUCAGGUGCUCUUAGUCAACAGCGAAGGUCAGAUCCUGCUGAAGAACCCCAGAACCAACACGUAUCAAACGCUCAACACAAGUUCUCCCACUUACAGCAAGAUAAGCCAAAUUGCCAAAAUGCUCCACAAGAGCAACGCCUUGAAGCGACCCAUCCCUCGCGUUACGAUCAAACCUAGCGCUGGCACCCAGCUCGCCAGCGUGCCCACCACACCGGCGCCCAACCACAAAAUCAUCUACCGAGUGGUGCCCAUUAAACGCGUGACCAGCCCCCCGCCGGCCGUCACCGUGCAGCGUAAUCCCGCCUCGUUUUUGUCGGAAGCCGAAACGGCUCAAGCGAUUAUGAACAGAUCCAUGGAAUCCCAGGCUGAGCCCCCAAGGACCAAGCCCAUCAUCCUCCUUGGCACGGGUGGCAAACCUGCCGUACCUCCUCAACGCCAAGACGCCCACCAGAAGAUCAGCCCUGAGUCAGCCGGCGGAGCCGCAGUGUCCCCAAGUGUCCGUAUCAGCGUGCCAACUUACAACCCACAGAUGGCAAGUGCGCCUAAAGUACGUGUCAAGCUCCCUAGCACCAUCGCUUACAGAAGAAAAAAGGCCAAGAUGGACAUCCUGAAGGAGCCUUCCAGUGAUCACGGGUAUCAUCAGGAAUACGGAACCCAGCGAAAGACGGACGUCGCAGACAAAGACACCGCAUCCUGCGACGUGAACAUCAGCGCCGGGCGGCGACGGUUGCUUGCAAGCCAAGAAGGAUGUCCCAAAAUUAAAAUCCAGCCUGGAAAAGAUGUUCCCGAUGUGGACAAGGAGAAUUUGAGAAUUACGGCACCAGCGCUGCCAAUGUCUCCAAGGACUCCGAAUGCAGAGAGCGUGAGCAGUUGGGCUGGAUCACACAAAUGGGUCAGCGCUCGCCAUGGAGACCUAUCCGAUUGGGCCCCCCUUGCAGGUUGCAGUUCUGAGGACGAGGUCCCCUUGCCCAAAAACAAAAAGAGGAGCUACAUGAACCAGCCUCACCUGCGUUUUGAAAUCACCAGCGAUGACGGCUUUAGCGUCAAAGCUAACAGCAUGGAGGUGGCUUGGCGCGCCGUGAUCGACGGCGUCCAAGAGGCGCGGGCAGCCUUCCGCCUCGGCCAGUUUCCCCUGGGCGGCAUGAGCGGGCCGCGGGUGCUUGGCGUGGUGCACGACGCCGUCAUCUUCCUGCUGGAGCAGCUGCGCGGCGCCGGCGACUGCAAGAGCCACCGCUUCCGCUUCCACCGCUGCAGCGACAUCGAGGAGGAGUUGCCGCUCAACCCCAGCGGCUGCGCCCGCGGCGAAGUCUACAUGCGGAAAGCGACGUUCGACAUGUUCGACUUCCUGGCGUCUCAGCACCGAGCGCCCCCAGAUUCGCUCGGCCCCUAUGACGAGGAGGACGACGAGUUCCCGCUCAAGUCGUCCAGGCGUGCCACCAGCAGUGAGCUUCCCAUGGCCAUGAGAUUUCGCCACCUGGAGAAAACAUCCAAGGAAGCCGUCGGCGUUUACCGGUCUCUCAUUCACGGCCGGGGGCUUUUCUGCAAGAGGAUCAUCGAAGCGGGAGAAAUGGUCAUCGAGUACGCCGGCACCGUUAUCCGCUCAGUGCUGACGGAUAAGCGGGAGAAAUAUUACGACGGCAAAGGCAUCGGCUGCUACAUGUUCCGCAUCGACGACUUUGACGUGGUGGACGCCACCAUGCAGGGCAACGCGGCGCGCUUCAUCAACCACUCGUGCGAGCCCAACUGCUACUCGCGCGUCAUCAACGUGGACGGCCGCAAGCACAUCGUCAUCUUCGCGCUGCGCAAGAUCUACCGCGGCGAGGAGCUCACCUACGACUACAAGUUCCCCAUCGAGGACGACGAGAGCAAGCUGCGUUGCAACUGCGCCGCCCGACGCUGCCGUCGCUACCUUAACUAGCGGCCCGAGGUAGGACUUAGACACGCCUCUGGGGAAUUCCCACCUCCGUUGAGUAACAUUUUACGACAAGAAGAGUACUUGAGCGUCACAAUUUGGAGAGAAUGUCAUCAUGGUCAAUCACAGACUUUGCACAAGGCGCUGUGAUGCUCUUUUACGCCAUACAAUUGUUUUUGUUCCGUUUUGUCGCAGGGGAAUAUUUAUUUAUUGCUCAGACGCAAUGCUUUUUUGUUAUUUUGGUUUCCGUCGUGGCAGCCUCAUGGUGUAGUCUCUCAGUUUGGGUUUACUGAGGUGCCGGUAGAGUUCAAAUUGUUUUAACCCCACUCUCAGAAAAUCUGUGAUGAUCCCGCAGGUCUUGUUCAUAUUGUGUCUUUUAGGAAGAAAUAAUCCAAUGCUUUUGCACUGUCCCUGUAUAGGUUAUGGUUUUGUAUAUUUGAAAAAGAAAUCUUUAUGGAGUAAGCCCUUUUGUGCUUUAAACCUUUGCAAGUUGGAUUAAAAAUAAGAGUUUGCAUUUUGAGGUGGGUAAAAUUUCCAGCCACGUCAGUGUUUCCAUGUGUUCUACCUCAUGAUGAAACAUUUUGUCCUUCAAAAAACAUAAAAAGUCCCAAAGAUGACAACACGUAACGCAGCAUAAUUACUAACCUUAAAUUGAUUGACCUGCAGGUAUUUGACAACCAUUAUUGCCUGUCCAAAUUCACAUUUUUUUUUUUUUCACUGAAGGUGUUUUCAGCUUUUGUGUUUGUAAAUACUUGUAUAAAAAGGUCUUUCUAAACCUGUUACAUAUUUUUCUACCUGCGUUUUUUUUUUGUUUUUCUUAAUUUAUGUUCAAUAAAGUUCCAAUGUUGUUCCAUAA